UUGUGCAUUUGCUCACCCUGUCAGGAAGUGACCUUCUCUCUCUCGCUCUCUCUCUCUCGCUCCCUUUCUCUCUUUUCUCCCAGCCUGUUUUUUUUCCCACCUCCCUCACUCCCUUCCCUCGGUAUCUCCCUCCGUCUGCAGAUGUGGUAAGUCUGAGGUUUAAUCAUUAAGGCAGGGACACAGCUGAUACGAGACCGCUCCGUGAAGAGAGGAGGGCGAUCAGGAGGGACAAGUUGAGGUGCUCGGCUUUAGAUUUUUGGGAUCAGACCGAUGGAGUCUUUCUCAGGAGACGCAGAAGAAAGCACAGAGGACGUCGCAGGACGUAAAAGAUCCAAGAUCAAGGAUCUGAAAACUCGUCUCUUUGGGAGAAGUAAGAGAGCAGGCGGAGAAGGAAAUGCCAAACUCAGCCAGUCAGCCAGUGACAUCACUGCAGGAAAAGAUCUCGGAUCAGAAGAAGAUUUGGUAUGCGCACAGGGCAUUAUGGGAUCGCGGGCGCUGUCCCACGACAGCAUCUUUCUGGAUGACCUGGUCAUGACAGACCCUGAACCCACCAGGGUCUUAUCUCAGGAGAACGUUCACAGCAAAAUCAAAGCUCUCCAGAUGACGCUUCAGCAGCAGAAAAUGCAUUUGGGCCCACCUCCUAUGGUCCUGCCAAUGAGACGUCCAGCGGAUCUGAGCAGCCAGGAGUCACUUCCUCACAGUCCUCCUCAUGAUUCAGGAGAAGACAAUACAUCUCAGGAAACCCUUACAAAGGCGAUAUCUCAGCCAACAUCUCGCACUCUCUCACCCAUCCCCAAACCUGCACCUAUCAAAUCUCUUCCCUCGACUCCAUCCCAUGCUUUUCCUCUUUCCGUCCCCUCUGUUUCUCCUUCUGCUGCUGAGGUCCCGUCGGAUUUUAGCACACCAGCUCAGUUCACUUCCCGCUUAAACACUUCUGCCGCACGCCACCGAAUGUCUAUCAAACCCAGAAACCAGAGGGCCAGCACUAAGAUGAAAGCUGCCGCGACUGUCUCUCAGUCUCAUUUAGACACCAUGAACAACAUUGACCGACCCGAGCCUGUCAAAGAACUAAAACACCAUCUUGGUGCUCAAGAAGAAGUAACAGUGGAAACAAAAGAAGAAGAAAAAGAAAGGGAAGAAGAAGAAAAAGUUGCCGUUCCCAUUGUACAUCAGCGUCUUCCUUCGAAAUGUGCAGAAGUGGCACUGGUCACAUCAGAGGCGGUACUCAAACCAACAAGUCAAAGUUUCUCCAAACAGGACCACGCUCUUCCUGAGACUGUAGCCUCCCAAGUACCUCGAGUUAAACCUCGCAAACGUGUGGGUUCAGCAUCUGGUGAACGUCCACACUCGUCCUUCAUAGAGUCAGGACUGAAGGAACAAAGACAAGGGGAUUUGGAGAAGCAACUAAUGCCUCAUGAUGAUAAUGCCUCGGGAAUGGCAUUCAGGUCUUCCUCUGCUAGCCAGGAGGUUCAAGGUGAUGGCGAGACCACAAGAGGAAUUAAACGAUAUGCCCAAGGAUCUGGCUCUUUCCACUUUUCUGUCACUGCAUCGAGAAACCAAGAUGGAGAAAGACCCCGAUCGGGCAGUUUUUUGGGAGUUUUGGAACGGGCUGAAGCCAGGAACAGGAUCACUAGGGAAAUGGAGGAGAAAAACAGGGAAAAGGAGGAACUUAAAGAGCCAAGAGAGCAUCCUUUUGCUUUAGGAAGGUUUCGUCAAGAAGGCGCACCACCUAAAACCUCAGCUGUUCCCUGGGACAGGAGUGACAGCUUCAAAAAGGUGGAAUCAGUGACAGCAUCUAAAGAUGCACCUGGAGACACAGGCGCUGCUGAGGCGGAGGAGAUCGAGAGCAGCCAGGAAGAGGUGGAAGAGGCGGUGGAAGCAAAGGAGCCCCAGGAGGAACAAGGAAAAACAGCUUUCGGUGUCAAACUGCGCUCCACAUCUCAUUCACUUCGAUUUCGGCUUGAUACAUCUUCUAACAGGCAUUCAAAGUCAGCACUGGGUGAGGACCAAGGUGACCAAAAAUGCCAAGAAAUAAGUGAAAAAAAGUUGCAAGCAAAUGCGUCUUGGAUGCCAUCCUCCUCUGGAGAGAUCAGACCAGCUGAUCAAACCCCAUCUGGCUUCUCUCCUCCAGUCAAACAUAAUGCUCCAUUUGCCAGCGAAACUUCCGACGUUCACACGACGCCUGCAAACCCCAAAGAAGCAGAAGCUACACCCCGGGAGCCUCAACCUGCCCCGCAGGCGACCUCAUCUGAGGUGUCCUGGGUGGCUCUGGCCAUGGAAAAAACCAAGAGCCUUCAACAGCUUUUCAUUAGUAGAUUCCCCAGAGAUUUUGCAGGAAAUUUACAGGCAAACAUGCAAUCUUCAGCUCGACCGCAGGCACAAGCGCAGCCCACAAAUCCAACAGAGACUUUUACACAAGUACGGACACAGACUGUGCAAGCUGCAAAGCAGCCAUCGGCAGAAACGAAUCAAAGCAGAAGCCAAGCACAGACUGUCAGAACUUCGCCAGUAUUUCUGCAACAGAAGGCAUCUCCUGUGCUGUCCAAUGCCUCCAGAGAUGCACAAAUGUCAAAACACACCAGUGAAGACCAGACUAACACAACUAAGUCUGCCUCACAUUCAGUGGUAACCACCAAUCCGUGGACAACCCAUUCUCCUUUGCGCUCCCCUUCACAAACAGACACCUCGUUUCAGUUUGCACAAGGCAGCGCCACACAGUCUCUUGCGCAGUCUUACCUUUCCUCAGGCCAGCAGCAAUCCUCCUGGAGCAAUCGAGGUCUCCAGUCUGCCCAGCAGCUCAAGCCCACACCUUCAGCGCAGACUUCAGCUCCCGCAGCCUCGUCAGCUGUUGGUUCUGCUUCAGCUUUUGCCUCAGGAAGAGGGGAGAGAGAAGCCAGUGAGCAAAAAGAGGCUCCGCCACUCACAAGCCGAAGAGCAUUUUGGUCUGGUUCUGUAAGUGAGAAGGCUGCUUUUUUAGAGAGACGGGGAGAGUGGACCACAGCGCCUGGACCCAAGGGGGUGGAAUUGAGGAAAACGCAUACAGACAUGCAGGGAUCAGGUGAAUCCCCUACCUUGGCAAAAACCGCACCUGUGAUCAAAGAGACAGACGAAAGACAAGCAGUAAACCUUGCAGAGUUAAGCCCCACCAAAGUUGCAGAAAGGUCGCGUGAGGACAGAUGGUCACGGAAAAAUGCAGCGUCUUCUUCAUCACCGUCAUCAUCACCCACACUGCCCUCGGUGCUGCAAUCCAUGUCUGACAGCGGUCAGCCGUCCUGGAUGGAAUUGGCCAAGAGGAAGUCAAUGGCCUGGAGUGAUAAGACCAUGGACUAAGAAGGACAGGAGUCUAUGAAGAGCCCAUCAUAAAGACUAAAACCGCCUUUGUCAUGGUUAAAGUGUAGGCUGUGUGGUGAGGCUGUCAGACAGCCGGUUGUUUGAUGCCGUUUUUAUUUGGAUUUAAGUGUUAAUGUUUAAUUACAGAAGAGUAUUAGGGCCACUGUGAAAAAAAAAGUGGGCACGUCUUUUUUUCUUCUUUUCUAGAAUU